GAAAAAAAGAAGAGGCAAGAGACAAAAAGUGUGAGGGCAUGGCCGCGUAAAGCUUGGAAUUUACUUAUAACUGCUACAAUGCAAUGAAGAUCGAAGGAGAGGGACUGGUGUGGCAAUGAUGCAGUGGUCAUCUGAGUGGGCGGAGCAACACUAUGAUGUCUCCUCCUCCACAUCACCUCCAGUUCACCCUAAGCCCCUCCCCUUUCCACAGCCCAGUCGCCCUGCGUUCUCAGGCUACAGCGACGACAUCAGUGCCCUCAGUGCCUCUAGCUUGCUAAAACGCUAUGCUGAGAGGUAUUCCUUCAACUCGGCUUUACCAGAACAUGGGAGCUUCCUAAGAAGUGAGCAGCACCAGGAGCCAUGGCCAGGGGGAUACAGCACAGAAGGGCUUCCUGGUUUAGACCCAUUGAAGGGGAGUGCAAGUGAUCACUCAGAACAGCAGUACAGCAGCGGCCCCACAUCUCAGGAUUACCCAUCAUCCUACAGCAGCCAACACCUGCUGCCUAAACCAUCCUAUCUUCCCUCACCAGCGUUUGCCUUGCCGUCUGCAUACCUGCCACCCGCACCAGGCUACGCUUAUCCCCAGCAAUGCGGCCUGAGUGCUAGUUACCCUCACAGCACCCCUUCUCUGCUGCCCUCGGGUCUACACACCCCCACACCUCUUCACAGCAGCCAUGCUGCUGCCGAACUCCCACGCAACAGGAAGUUCGGCUUCGACCAGUCCAAAACUGCCAGAGUGUCUCCAUACACGAUCAGGGACAAGACCGAACGGCAGAACAGCGACAGUGCUGGGAAUGUCAACGAAAGCUGUGGGACAGACCUCCAGAGCUACAGGCCCGAUAGACUUUCCACUCAGUCCGAUCUUGAGGCAGAUUCUGUGGGUAAGACCAGUAAUCUUCGGCCUCUGGAGACACGGUCUUACGGAGGCCCGGGACAGUACACAUAUCCCUGAGUCUACUUAAUGUAGUCCAACUAUCUUUUUUUUUUUAUACAUGUCUAUAGCAAUACUUGAAGCUAACAAACAUCAGGGCAAAUAGAAUUAUGGUAUAAAACCGUUUAUGGACUGAGAAGUCUCUCUUAUGCACAUUAGCGUUAAUUCUGACUGCAGCUUUAAUGAGAUCUGUAGCACAGACACUCUUUUGUAUCCCUGAAAUCACUCUUUCUUUUUUUAUUCUCUUCCUUUCCUCUUUUACUCUCUCUCUCUCUCUCUCUCUCUCUCUCUCUAUAAUUAUGUUGUGCAGUGAAGCACAUUAUGGUUGCAAGUACUAAUCCACUGCUUCAAUCAAUGAAAUCCAAGCCAAAGAAAGACUGAAAGAGAGGAAUCGAAAAUAAAAGAGAAAGAGUUUGUGCUUUCAUACAUUUUCUCAGCGAGCAUGUCAGUGGUAAGGUCAUGGAUGUUCUUCAACACUGAAAUCAGAUAAAAUUCCUCUUGUUUUAGGAAUAUAAGGUAAGGUUCCUCUAUAAACUUUGAAUGUAAUGCUGUUUUCCCUCAGGAAUUGCGAAUGAAGCCAUACUUAAUGUUUAUCUUAUACAUUUUUUGAGUUUGACAGAUGUCUUUGUCUUUUAUUGUCUAGUUAGUCUCGUUUCUUUGCCAUGUCUUUCAUUAAAAAACUUAAAAUGUAUUUGUAACCUUACAGUAUUUCAAUGAUAAAAAUCAUAGCAUCAAAGCAUAUUUUUACAGGACGCAUAAUAUAUCUGGCUUCCGCAGGGCCACUGCAAAAGGCUAAAAGGCUCUACGCAGUCUUUUUCACUAUUCACCUAUUGUGACUUUACUAUGGAAACCCACAGAGCUGUCCCAGCCCCCUGAGUUGAUCACUGGAUGUGUUUUCCUCUGACCCUCUGACCCUUCUCUGUUUUAAAUGAGGCUUGUGAAAGAAUAGAGAGCUUUUGUUAUGGUGAGGCAAAUGGGACAUACACUGAAAUGUACAAACCGAAAUGAAAAUGGCAGUCUAGUUAAUAUUUAAUUUUAAAUUGUAUUUUACUCUAACAAUUGCAAUAUACAGGACAAACUCCUUUUUAAUACAUGUACAAUACGAUCUACCUCACUGUUACAAUGCUGUAUGUUCAGAGUACACAAUUGUUUAUUAUGUCAAAAUGUCUACCUCAACGAAAAAAUACACAAAAUAAAACUAUUGUACCAAUAUACCAUUUGCUCUCUUUGUGUGUGUGUGUGUGUGUGUAUUUUGCAUAAAAACUGAGCCAUUACCUAUGAUAAGACUGUAAAAUUGUUUCUCAGUUAUAUCACUGUGAUAGCUGAAUUUUCAGCAGCCAUUAUUGUUUUUGUAAUUUUUAAAAAAUAAAUUUAGUCAUUUAUUUAUUUUAAAAUGAACAUUUUGUUUUGUAUAUUUAAAAAAUAGUAACGUUUGCAGUCUUAUUCAAAUAAACGUGGUUCAUUACCUUCAUUAUUACACAAUCUUCUUACGGCUUUUACAGGCUUUACAGUAAACAGUAUUUAUGCUUGACUAGUGCUGUACUUCCAUAAGGGCCAGUUGCACAGCUGGUGCCGUCAGGUCACCUUGUACCCUGUCCAGGAUGACAUUCGCAUAUCAUGAUCUUUAACUCCCAACAGAAAUCCCCUCCUUAUGGCUGUGCAGAUCCAUGUCUGUAUACACUCUUUAAUCACUUGAUCUUUCUAGGAAAAGGUCAAGAUGAUGCUGUGUUUUUUAUCCAAUCCUUAAUUAUAGUACAACUUUAUACCCAUUUAUAAUAUUGUCGGUUAUAAAACAGUAUUAUUACUUGUGUGUUGUUGCCUCUAGUGGCAAACCCUUUAACCAAAUAUUUUUAUACACCCUUAAACAAUCCUUAUCAUUAAUAGUUUUCACAUUCUACUCAUUCUGGAUGUCCUUACUACUCUUAAACCAAACGCUAAACACAGAUGCUGACUUUUGACUCUCCAAUUCUUCCUUAUAGUGACCCCCACCCAAAACAGCUCCCUGCAGUCAAUGUGCAGCAGAGUGUGACAGAUGCUCUAUUCUCUUCGUCCACCCCCACCUCCCAGUACACACAGCCCUCAGCGCUUUGUUUUUCAGAACUUUCAAUACUGUCCUCGCCUCAGUGUGAGCCGUUUAAUCUUAGACUGAUGAAUUGGGUCUUUCAUCUUAGGGAUCAACAUCUUUGUGCAGCCUAAGACCAUUUUUUGUGAUUGGUUCUUGGUCUAUACAUUGACCCAUGUUUUAUUUUUGUCUCUCACACAAAUUCCGAUUUAGCUCAAUCCGUAUUGAUAAGUGAGUAAAUCUUUCCAUCCAUGAUUAUUUUCUGAAAACAUCGAAAUCUUUCCCGGCACUUUAUAUACUCUCUUUUAUAACACGAUUAAAAUAUCCUCAUACUACACAAACAGUGAUAAUGGGGCAUAUGUAAUGGUGAACAUCUGAAUAUGACAUACAGAGAAUUACAGAAGCUUUGUACAAUAUUGUUUUUGCGUUUUCAGGUUUCAGGUCGUUUGUCUCCUGAAAGAGAGAUAAUAUUCACCUACAGUUGCUCUCCUAACACAUUUAAAACGAUAAUUCACAAAGAAAUAAAAAUGACGUUAUUAUUUACUUAAUGAACAUGAAAUAAGUUACUGUGUAUCACUAAAUGUUUCCCAACCCUUCCAAUAAGGCUCAAACAUCCAUCCAUUAAAACAAAUAAUGAUCUGUUUUUUAGUCACAUAUUCAUGAUCAUUAAUCAGGUGUGGAGCAAGAUAAAGAGCACCAGAAACCUAAUAAAGUGAUUAAAUACUAGACUAGUCCCUUGUGGUUUGGCAAAUGGUAGUUAUUUAGUCUAAUUAAAGACAUUUCACAUCGUACCACAAAAUGUGAUAACCUGUUCUUUUUGUCAGGCUAUGUCUUUCUCUUUUUUAACCACCAAUUUGAUGUAAGGACAUGGACUUUUGUUUUUAGUGACCCUUUGUCUGCCUCACAGUUUAAAGGGGUGGGGUGGAGGAAUGCUGUCACAUACACAACCUUCAAUUCGUCAUGAUAAGAACACAGCAAGGGAACCAACGCAACCCCUUAAUGACACCUAAAACAGAAACCUUAGGAAGUGUUUGUCAGCACUCCUUACAAAGUCAAUGUUGCAUGCACCCACCAACACAGUACAGUGAUUCCCAAACAGAGGAUGUGUGCCUCAACAGACCUUGAUCUAGAGGAUACUUUUAGAUUAUAAUGUGCUUUUUAUUGUAACAUUUCUCCAACAAGAGUAGAUUAUCAUUUUCCUCAUCCUUAUCUUAGGCAAAUAUAUUUUUAACACUGUUAUCGCCUUUAACUCUACCUUUAACCCUACCUUUUUUAAAAAUGUAUUUACUUCGUUUUUUUUGCGUAUUACGAGUAUUUAGUAUUUUUGCGAUAUUCUGCAAUAGUGAGAUCUUCAGAAUGUAUCUUUCAAAUACAGUCUCGCGACCGACUAGUUCGCCUAGGUGGCUAAUUCGUACAAAUUCGUAGGUUAUACAUACAAAUUCAUACAAAAAAAAUGAGCUUGUAUGAAUUUAUUCGAAUUAGCCACCUUGUAAAACAUGUACAAAUUGCAGUGAGAUCAGGCUGAUCUUUCAGUUGUUUAGCAACAACAAAUCCUUAACUGAACUGCCCUCUACUAAAGGGGUCAUAAACAGAAAUUUCCUUCGAUGUUUUGACAUAUAAGAGGUCAUUGUGGUAUAAAAAACAUUUUGUGCCAGAACUCAAAACUUUCUUCUUAGCCUAAAACAGCUUAUAUUGAAGGUCAGCUUGCGGAAUGUACCACUCUAUUAUGGAAUCUGCAGAAGAUGAUCAACGCCUGCCUCUACAUCGCCUGUUUAGCCCCGCCCACUGAUUCGUACAUAUAGUAGAAAGGGAAGGUCACACUGCCCUUUUCAUUCAAUUAACUUCCAUUCAUACGCAUGCGUAUAAAAAAAACAAAGGCAGUUCCCUUUAAAUAUUCAUAUUUCUAUUAAAUACAUUCAUAUGUACUUUUGAGGUAAAUUGACAGACAACAUGUGAACUGGAGUGAAACCCAAGACCGCUUACCUAAACUAAAAUGUCUCUUCAAGAGCAGUAAAGUAUAUAAAGUCCAACUGGUGUGCAAGAGCUAGAAAAGACGCUUUUUAAACAAAUUAAUCUGUAUUCACACUGUGGCUGUCCAAUCAAUGUUAUCCACACCGCAAAUAUGCAAAGAAUGUUAACUAGUUUGUACGGUACAAAAAAUACAAACCUGAAUACUUAAACUCUUAACAAAAAAGAACAAAUUAAUAAAAACAACCCUGGGUUGUUUGUAUAAAAAUAAAAAAAUAAAAAUAAUGGUCUUCCACCACAUUAUAUGUUGUGCAUUAUUCAAAAUUUUAACAGGAAAAUUGUUCAGCAAUUUUGACAGAAGAAAGAAAAACACAAACACUCGAGCAUAACUGGAAGGCUGCUUUAUUGUUUGGAAAAGGUUUCGUGCUCAAAUGAAGACAAUCUUUCACUGAUUCUCACUAAGUCAAGUGGUUGUGCAACACACCCUCUCCUCUCCAACAUCAGUGGCAAGAGAUAAGAACAACAUUAUGAACCAAAACCCACUUGAAUUAUUGUCAGCAAAUGAAGGAAAUAGCAUCUCAGUCAUGCUACAAAAGAAUAGACAGAAAUCAGUAUUUAUAGAAAAAUAAAAGAAGUGGCUGAAAAUUAACAUAAGCUGAGCACAGAAGGCAAACUGUUUCUCUUUCUACAGACUCAACCUUUAAGAGAUUCACUGAGUGGCCAACGCACUCUAUUUCCCGCCCCAUGCUAUUUGACAAUCUCUGAUGAUGAAGUCAGGCUGAUGCCAGUUAAGUUUUCUUUUUUUAUUUUCAUUUUUUCCGCUUUUUGUGAUUUUUUUUGUAUUUUGUCUUUUUUUAAGUAUAUUUUUUUGCUUUUUAAUAGAUGUCACAGACAUUCUUUAGUUCAGUUCUUUCUCCCAGUGCUCAUUUGAAACAAGCUCCACUUGUUUAGGAGAAUUUUAUGCAACAUCAUCUACAUUUUCGACAAACAAAAUUGGCAGCAAAAGGCACCUUAAACAAACAUACAAAGACAAGAAAAGCAUAAUAUAAAGCCUAACCAAACCUAAGACUGCAAAUUGCAUUGCUGUGUAUCUAAGAGAUGAAGAACAAGCUAAGCUUAAGUCAAGCUGCAUCACACACAUUUAAAGUGACCAAACUGUCACGCACGCUUGUCCUCUCCCCCCCACCCUACACGCGCACACACACUCGCUCUCUCAGACUCGGACUGAAAGAUCAUGGCAUUAGCCGAUUAGGCCGGAAGAUGAAAACAGGGUUUAAGGGGGAAGAACAUGUGGCGUCCAGUGCAUAUGUACGUAGUAUGUGAGUUGGAGAUGGUAGGACGUAUUCACACAGGGUGUAAAUGAAUUGCUGGUAGUGCAUUCCCCUCCCAAAAACGGGCGACAUAAGCCAUAGCGAGCAGCCAGUACAUCACCGUGCAUUGAAAGCUAGACCCGUGCACGCACACAGACAACACUCGCUCAAACCCAGACAUCUCAAACACACACACAAACGCACACUGUGUGGGCCAGGUCAGAGUUUUGGUCGUUCACCGAACGUAUUGCACAAAAGAAAGAAGAACGUGAGCAAAUGACAGCCAGUAGUGCUUCACCUCCACUCCAAGCAGAGGUCAACACAGAGGAGGACAGUGCUCUCUCAUAUCAUAUAUACAUACAUAUGUAUAUGUGUGCAUAUAUAUACACAUAUGUACAUAUACAUGUAUACAUAGAUACAUAUGUUGUAUAGCUCUAUAUAUAUAUAUAUAUAUGCCUUGAUUUAUGUAUAGAUUUAUAUAUACUUUUUGCAUUUAACAUAUUGGAUUCCCCUCUUUAAUGUGAAAAGUGUGUCAAAAAAUCUACACCUUCUAACAAAUAUGUCACAGUCUACCUAGUGAGACCAGGGCAAUGAGUGAAGCCAUUCUAUUAAGGUUAUAAUUAUUUUUCAGUAUUAGAUUAAUAGCAGUAUUUUUUUUUUUAGUAUUUCUGUAUUUACAAAAAACUAUGCAUGCUGUUAAAAUAAAAUUAUAUAUUACAUUAUUUAUAGUCUCUUAAAAAGUUCAUUCUUAACUUUUCAGCAUUUUGUGCUGCUUACAACAUAGCCUAUACUGUACAAUAUAUUUUUUAAAUGGAUUUUUCAUUCAUUUUUUUUUGGAAUGAAUGUAUGAUCUGUUAUUGGUUCUUUUUCUGUUAUCGUUUAUACAGACGAGCCUGCGUGGCUGCAUAAAUGAGAAUGGUUGAGCUUUGCUGAGCAGAGUUUUUUUUUUUUUUCGUUUUGUUUUGGUUCAGGUCAACACCCUCGCAUGCAGCAACUGGACCAUCGACACCAGAUGAAGGGAAAGGGAAAACCGCUGACAUCACUAAAAGAAACUAAAAAAUGUCGCUCUGAUGUGUGGAGUUGCCCGGCUCACAGUAAGCUGCUGUGGGACCAGUGCCGAAUGGUUAUUUGGCAUUUAGUGUGGUGGUGUACUGAAGAGAAACAAGGCUGACCAGGGGUCGAAUAACUGCACAUUUAAAAACCAAGGCCCUCCGUAGAACAGUGGUGAGAAUUAUAAGCAAUAUUCUCAGUCUGCAUCUCAUUUCAUCAUCACCUCUACAGCAACACGUUUCUUGCAGUCUGAAAUCUCUGAAACUCGGCUCUGUGUCAGAUAGCCCUACUCUUCUCUCUACAUGAGAGGUCGAUGAGGUGGGAGAGCUCCUGCUUCAGCUCCACCCCAUGUUACAAACAUUCUCCGGACCGAGUGGAGGCCCUCGAUGAUGACAAAAGAGUCACAUGAUACACCGUGUUGUAUCCUGAGAAUAAUGGGGAAAGUCAACAAGCAUCAGUCUGUCUGAAAGUGUUAAGCAGGAGAGGAUCGCUCCACCCCUGAGACAUUCCAGAAACUUUCAGACACAAAUUGCACACAGCAGAUAAUCAGACAAACAUCUUUGGCUUCUCCUUUAAACAGCUGUGACUUUCCAACCAUCCAGCUGUCUCUCUCAAGUCCUGUCCUUUUGUCCUGGCUACAAUCAAACCAUUGCUGAAGAUGUGAUGGCUUCAUACACAGAUAAAAACGUCCAGCUGGUCCUCAGGGGACAAACCGGGACGAGACUAGACGUAGACACGCUGCAAAACUAUUUAAAGAAAUAUAGCAUGUAAAAAUUUAAAAUAUCAGAAUUCUUCUAUUUUUCUAAAAUAAAAAAAAAAACUGCCACUUUCUCAGAAACGGUUAUAGCUCAUCUCAUCUAACCCCUGAUGAGGAUUAAAAAUGCCAACCAAC